AUGCAGUCUUUUUGGAACGCUACUACGAUUGGGAACAGCGCAAACACAUCUUACAACUUGAAGCCGGCAAUCACUUUUCGACAAGGUUGGACGCCGCCGCUCAUUGGUUUCACGUGUAUUUCUAGUGUGUCGUUUAUCCUGAACGUCAUCGUGCUAAUAUUGCAGUUUUUACCGCAAACCCAAGUCACUCCAUUUACCAUUUAUCUUAUCGUUAUCUUCGUCUACAACGCCGUCAGUCUGGCGGUCGUUCGGCCAAUCAGUACCUUCACUUCAUUAUUCGGUGUCUGGCCGGGAGGUCACGCGCUGUGUGUGACGUAUAUGUACUUUCAGCGCGUAGCCAGUGUCAUCCCGGUGUUGGCACACGUCCUCAUCUCCAUGGACCGGUUGUGGGCGAUUCGCUUUCCCCUGUCGUAUCGACUGCACCAUCAAAGCAAGUUAACCGUAAUCGCCGUGUGUUUUGCGAUGCUCGGUUACGUCCAUGUCGUCCCGUUCCCGGCAUUUUUAAUAGACUUUUUAUAUUACAACUCCCAGGAGAAACAAAGGACAUGCCAGCAGAUUACCGGCUCGGUGAUCCCGUGGAAUCGAGCGGAUUUUAUUCUGCAUCGGCUGCUUCCGUUGAUCAUGAUUGUCAGUAUCUACGUUUACAUAAUUGUGAAGAGAUGGCAGCGAAAGCGCAUUACCACCACCAACGGCCCGCCAAAUGAAUCAUCACGCGAGCAACAACCCACGGAUCCCGCUAUGAUGCUGGGUGAUGUCGCCGGUGUCUACGGAGCAGGCGCGAACGUUGGUCGGGUUCAGCACGGGUUGGUCAUUCGGCGGAGACGGCGGGUCAAACCGUUUAUCGUACUGACUAUGACGUCCAUUAGCGUUCUGAUUUGCUGGAUUCCAACGGAUGUUUACUGGUUCGCCAUGGCAUAUCUGGAUAUCCGAAUGUCGGGAGUGGUUUUCACUGUAACUACGACGUUGUACUCCAUACAGAUGAUUUUUGAUCCGCUCAUGUGGUUUUUUAGUUUGCGAUAA